GAGAUUGAAGAGGUGGGUAGUGUCAAGAGUUUCAGAAAAAGCAUUAAGGCGAUUUCAGAGCAGCAGGUCCAUGACCUGAGACUAAAGGUGAUGGGCAGCGCUGAGGCAGUACGAGGAGAAUGGUCGGCAGGGAAUGGCCGUGCUCUCCUGGUCUGCUUCUGUGGUAUCUCAGGUUAUGGACAUGCUGCCCCAGGGACGGACGCGGGGAAGGCCUUUUGCAUGUUCUACGCGGUCCUGGGGAUCCCACUGACACUCGUCAUGUUCCAGAGCUUGGGCGAGCGCAUGAACACCUUCGUCAAGUACCUCUUGAAACGCAUCAAAAAGUGCUGUGGGAUGAGGAGCACCGAGGUCUCCAUGGAAAACAUGGUCACUGUGGGUUUCUUCUCCUGCAUGGGAACACUCUGCAUUGGAGCAGCAGCCUUUUCCCAGUACGAGGAAUGGAGCUUUUUCCACGCUUACUAUUACUGCUUUAUAACAUUGACUACGAUAGGGUUUGGAGACUAUGUGGCCCUGCAGACCAAAGGGGCCCUUCAGAAGAAGCCGCUCUACGUGGCUUUUAGCUUUAUGUACAUUCUAGUGGGGUUGACAGUCAUCGGGGCAUUUCUAAAUCUGGUUGUUCUCAGGUUCUUAACCAUGAACAGCGAGGACGAGAGGCGGGAUGCCGAGGAACGGGCGUCCCUGGCAGGGAACCGCAACAGCAUGAUUAUCCACAUCCAAGAGGACUCCCAGCAUGGUCGGCCCCGGUACAAGGCCGAAGUAACAGACCUUCAGUCCGUUUGUUCCUGCAUGUGUUACAGGUCCCACGAGUACACCAGCCGGGUGGUGUCCCACCAAAAUUCAUUCAGCUCCAAGCUGAACCCCCAGUACUUUCACUCCAUCUCUUACAAGAUAGAGGAGAUCUCUCCAAGCACAUUAAAAAACAGCCUUUUCCCAUCUCCCGUCAGCUCCAUCUCACCUGGGUUGCACAGCUUUACGGAUAACCACAGGCUGAUGAAAAGGCGAAAGUCCAUUUAA